AUGCUCCGCCCCGUCGGAUACUUCCGCACCUUCCUCUGCCCCUUCGAGGGCGCGGCGGGCGGCGGCUGCGGGCGGCCGCACUGCCAGUACCGGCACCGCGAGCCGCCCCCGGCCUCGGCGGCCGCCCCGGCACCGGAUCUCCUUGUUUCUUCAAUAGAGAAAGAGGAUGAAAAUGCUAACCAGAGUUUGAAGUCGGAGGAAGUAUUUCCAUGUGAGCCUCAGGAGGAGAGUUCAAGGAUGUCGCCGUUGAGGACGAGAUGCGCAUCUACAAAGAGGUCAAACUCUUCCACUGUGAAACUUGAAAUAAAACUUCAAGACUCUGAUGAUGAAUAUGACCUUGUCAUUGAUGUGCCUCCAUUCACUGUUAAUAAAAAGCCAAGAAUAAGUAGAAAUUGUGAAAACAGUAAUAAGGAAGAACUGGCUGCCGUAAUACGUGCAAAAGAGCUGCAUGCUAGUGACGUAGCAGAUAGUCCUUCUAGGUGUGCAGUAGAAAAAUCAAAGGAAAUAAUCACUUGUCAAAAGGAAGACAGGAAUUUAAAUAAAUCUAAAACACUAAAUGAUGUUUCUCCAGAAACUAGUAAAAUAUAUUUGUCUGAUGUCAACACUGAAAUACCGAAAUUUUCAGGUAAUCUUAUGGAGAAAACAAAUGCUUUUGUGUAUUCCGAGGAAGAACAUUGGUCUUCAGCUAUCUGUCUUGAAGCUGGCAUGCAGAAGAAAACUCUGAAGCCAGAGAUUGCACAAACUAAUAUGCUAGUUGAAGCAUCUGUUCAGGGACAUAGCCCUAAUAACUGUAUAACCAGCAAAGGAGUAGUGCAGUCUGUCUGGAACAGUAGCUACUCUUUGGGAGAUAAAAGCAUAUCUGGAGGAAAUUCUAAGGAAAUGAUAAUAAAUAUAGAGAAGAUUCAGAGCAUAGAAGAAAAUAAAGGUAAUGAUAUUCUAGAAGAUACUUGCCAUUAUCUGGAUGAUUACUUAAAUGUGGGCAAGGAGGCUUGCUAUAAAACAGACCUGGCUAAAAAGAAUAAUAAGAAAACCCUUGUUGAAGCUGUGUGUGCAAGCAAUGAAAGCAAAAUGACAAUAUUUGAUUCAUCUUCUGAGGAAGUGGAAUCUAAUGAGGGGGAUACAGAGUUCUCAGAAUCAGAUGAUCCAAUAGAAGAGUGUCGGAGAAUUUUCUAUGAGUUUGAAAAAGAAGUGCAAAAGAAAGAUGAUAAGCAGGUACAUGGAGAAAAUGUGGAUUUACUAAAAACAGAAGAAGAUGUUCUUGUGCAAAAGAAAAGAAUUACACAUGCUGCAAAUCUUGAUGUACAGAGCAAAAAAGAAACUGGGCCUUUCAGAGUGUCUUUACAGCAGGGUGAUAAUGCAAGAAUGCAGCAGGAAGCAGUGGAGUUCAUAGAUGCUGGUAGAAAUGAAGAUUUUGUUGCUACAACUUCUGGAAAGAAAGAACCUGUGUUGGAGUUGUCAGCUACUGAAGUUCAAAGCAUAGGACCAGUGGCCUGUUUUAACUUGCUUGAAGUUCAGCCUGUUGAAGCCAAUAGCAGUCAACUGUGUGCACUACUGGAACGAAAUGUUACAGCAGUUGUGCCCUAUAGACCUUCCUUUAAAAGAGUUGCUCCUGUGCAGAGUAAGGUUUCUACUGGAAAAAAGCCUUCCAUUCCAGAAUCAGGAUCUAAAGUACCACAUGACAUACGACAGCGAUAUUUCAGUUUCUUUCUUGAAGAAUGCUUCAAAAUUUAUGGCACUGUGAAUGAAGCUAUUGAUAAGGCCCUGAUAGAAGAAAAAUCAAUUUAUGAUCGUUGCGGCAGUAAAAAUAUGUACCUGAAUAUUGCUGUGAACACCCUCAAAAAGCUAAGGAAUCAUGGGCAACUUAGUGACUGCAAGUCCCUGGGUGAAACUGGAUCUAUGAAGUCAGAGGAGAAGAAUGAUCUUACAAAUGCUGCUCUGUAUGAGCUUUUAAAAGACUAUCUUUUGACUAAGGAACAACUGGAUGAAAAUAACUUCCCUCAACCACAUCCUGAAAAACAUGGUAAUGCUGUAUUUAACGGGAUUAUAAAAAAAAAAUUAUGUGAUGCUUUCAGAAGAGUUUGUUGUAGAUGUGGCAAAGUAUACACAGUUACUUCCUCAGGAAGACAUACACGUAAAGAAGAAUGCAAUUACCAUUUUGGUAGAGUAUUAGAACAAAAAGUUCCAGGUGGCUUGGAAAAACGCUAUAGCUGUUGUGAGGGAUUCGUUGGAUCUCCUGGGUGUCAGGUUGCAAAGCUUCAUGUUCAUGAUGGGAGACAGAAGAUCCUGGAAGGUUUUGUGAGGACGCGUUCUAAAUCACCUCCUUUUGAUGGAAACUAUGGUGUAUAUGCCCUGGACUGUGAGAUGUGUUACACAACGCAAGGCUUGGAACUUACUAGAGUGACAGUAGUUGAUCCUAAGUUACAGAUUGUCUAUGAUUCAUUUGUUAAACCAGGUGGAGAAAUCAUAGACUACAAUAUGAGAUUCUCUGGAGUAACAGAGGAUGACUUGAAGAACACUACAACAUCUCUUCAGGAUGUACAUGCAGUACUGCUAAGCUUGUUCAGUGCAGAUACAAUUUUAAUUGGACACAGCUUAGAAAAUGAUUUAUUUGGUCUCAAGCUAAUUCAUGACAAAAUAAUAGACACAUCAGUAAUGUUUCCUCAUCGGCUAGGCUUCCCUCAUAAAAGAGCGCUUAAAAGUCUAAUGGCUGACUACCUCAGGAGACUUAGCCAAGAUGAUGUUGGUGGUCAUAACUGUAGCGAAGAUGCAAUUGCAUGUAUGGAACUAACACUUUGGAAGAUCAAAGAAGACAAAGGAAGAAAAUGGUGACAAUUAUAGCUUUGGAGGAGCAGGAGAGGRAAAGCAGCUCACUAUUCUUAAAUGCUUCAAUACCAAUCGUUUUUCUGGUGUCCAGAGUUGGCUGUGGGUUAAUGGGAAAAUCCACUUCUGAAACUUAAAAGGUAAAGAAAAAAGAAAAAAUGGAUGCGCUAAAUACAUGCAAGUAAGCUACUUGUCGUUUUUUGUGUUAAAUAGCAAGCCUGUGCAGUUUUGUUAAAAUAAUCAUGCUUCUGUAAUCCACCUUACUAUUGUGUGUAGCUGAAAAAUAGCAAGUAUAAGAAGUGAACAUGAAAAACUUCUGGAUCUAGCUUUAGUUUUGACUGAUUUGUUCAGCAUCUCUGAAAUAAAAUUUAAGAGCUCU